AAUAACGGUAGAGGUGCGUGGAGAAGCGGCUCAGUGGCUGUGUGUAGAGUCAGGAGAAGCGCUAGGCUGUGUGUAAUCUGCGUGCUCUUUAAACUGGUGACAUGGGGAAGAUCGAGUGGGCGAUGUGGGCUAAUGAACAAGCCCUAGCGGCUGGACUCAUUUACCUCACUGGGGGCAUUGUAGGAGUGGCAGGGCAGUUCAGAGACUGGCAGUUCGCCGCUUAUGGGAUAGCUGCAGGUGUGUUUGUGUGUCUGCUUGAGUACCCACGGAGCCGGAGAGCCAAAGGAACAAGCGUGGAGAGAACCGGUCAGUAUUGCUUCACCGUGUGUGUAAAAGCAUUCGGGCCCCUGACUAGAAAUUAUUACGUCCGGGCGAUACUCCAUGCGGCGCUGAGUGUCCCUGGAGGUUUCAUGCUCGCCACGGUUUUAGGCUGUGUGUGCCUUGGCAUAGCCAGCCUCAUCUAUCUGUCAGCUGCUAUCCACGGUGAGCACUGGGAACCCAUUUUGAAGAAGGCAGAACCCAGCACACGCGCCGCUCCUAGCAUCAAGCAGCCCCCUCAGAACCCACCGCCACGCCCUCCUCCGGAGGUGCGCAGGAAGAGAACAGACGACCUCGAGGCUGCGUCUUACGCCAAUCCCAUGCCCGUGACCGCCGACGAACAAUGAAUGGACAAAUCCGUCUGCGGUGAGGAUUCUAAUCCAGCUGCCACACUGAGACAAGGGAAAGAGAGGACUGAGUACUACUGAACAAACGAGACGGGUGUAUGUGCGCACACACACACACACACAUGCGUGUACACACCUUACUGCAGAAUUGUUCUGCACAGAUGAACAACGUUUUAAGAGACAUGUCCGGUUCGGGUUGCAAUCCUACUAUCAUGUUACUGUUUGUUUUAUGAGAGUGUUAUUAGAGUGGAGAUAUUUUCACAAGGAGGUAUCACACACUGAUUAUUCUGCAUCCAUUGCACUAUGGAGAAGAUCGAUACAGUUUUGUGUGGAUGAGUGCAACGGUGUUCACACCCUUACAUCACAAUUUUAAAGUUAAGUUUGUACAUGCCAAUAAAGGACCAGUAGUGUAUGAUAAGAUCUAAAUAAUAUUUCUGGACCCUGACUGAUUUGAUCUUGGACAAAGCAUCUGACUUUGAAUCAGCUUCGACUUGCCUUCAUAUGUACUGAUGACACUUUAAUGAGUCAAAUUUAAAUAAUUGAAGUAAUUGAAGAGGGCAAACCUUAGAGAUUUGUUAAAAUUAUAAUAACAAAUUUUUAUCUCUGCUUUUACUAGCAAACUGUAAUUGUUUUGUUUGUUAGCUUUUUCAUCCACAAACCAAGGAAUUCCACAUUCUUGCACUCAGUUGUACAUUAUAUGUCUAUAAUUGUAAGUAUUACUGUCGACUGCAAAAUCCCAUGUCAUGCUGGAUGAUUUUACUGCUCAAACACACCGCGUUCAACAGUAAAACUCAUUUAGUGGAGCAAAUGAAGGGUAACCUUACUGUUAAUUCAUAAUCUGAUAUGUGCUACCUGAUAAUGUAAUCAAUACAUUAAUGUAUAUAUUUAUAUUAUCUUACAGUAUUUUGUGUUUUCAUAUCAGAACAAACUGCGGGUGUUAAUAAAAAGUCUGCUAGCCUGAUGGAUCUGUAACGAUGCAUUUGUUUUUAUGUAAAACUUUGUUACAACUCUGUUUCUAUUUAGUCAUAAUAAAUAUGUAAUGCUUGUGAUGU